CGGUGAAGUUGAACCGAUGUGUUUAAAUAUUCCGACAGCACAUGAAGGCGGCGUCAGACUGCACUGCAUACGCGCCGUGGCGGAGAGCGAAGAUGGCGGAGAAUAAUGUCGAACCAGAGCACGAAUGGAGCGACCGGGCCCUGGAUACGGCCGAGGACACUCUGGUUGCGAUGGAAACCUUACUGGCCACACUGAGAGCCUUUGAAGACGUGCUCAGGCAGCAAGAAAUGUCCAUAGCAUCCUCCACGGAGUACUGCGACAACUUCUGUCAGGCGCUGAUGCACUAUGCUGGGAGCAGGAACUCCAUGGAGCAUGGUCUGCCUCUUCUGGAGGUCUACUGUCUGUCCAUAAACUGUUUCGCUGCGGCCCGAUCCCACCUCACCGCAGAGUCUGACAGAGUGGCACUUGUUUUGAAGAGACUAGCUUUGAGCUGUUUUGAACUGUUGCUGUCAGUGCCUGAGAAUGAAAUCCCGUAUGAGGCCUGGCUUCAAUUUCACCACUCAGUUCAGAGUGCCCAUGAUACAUUGUUACAGUACGGCAGCACAGACCUCCAAGCUUUACUCCAGAUCACAGGAGAGGGAGGCGCGUGGAGCAACCCUGUCCUCACUUCUCUUCUCACCGGCCAGCCCACCAACACAGAAGAAGUUGAUGCAUACAUCAGCUUGGAGGGCGAAGGCUUCAUGGAGAUGCGGGUGAAGCACCUGGAGAAGAUGGGCGAAGUGGCCAAGGCGGUGGUGCUGGCCAAAGCUUGCACUGAAUGCAGCUUCAUCUCCAACCAGGCUACCUUUCGUCAGACUUGCGUCUCUUUGCUCUGUCACCUACUUCCCAAUGAAGAAGCCAUCAUGGAGAUAUCCAGACUUGACUGUAAGGACGUGCUGGAGAUCACAUGUAAUUUGGAGACAGAGGGGGAGGAGAACACGGCCUUCAUCUUGUGCACAACUUUCCUCACACAGCAGCUUCAGCAGCAGAGCCUUUACUGUUCCUGGGAGUUGACUCUUUUGUGGAGUAAGCUUCAGAGGAGGAUCGACCCCUCGUUGAUGUCUCUUCUAGAGAGAUGCCUUCAGCUAGGUGCCAUUGCCAAAACGGUCCACCAUUUGCUUUACCUGGUCCGUGUCAUUCAGACGGAGGCGGAGGAAAUGGGGGUACCUGCCUCAGUAGAACUGUGUGUCAAAGCCCUUCAACUUCCAAAGCACGAUGACUCAGAAACGAGGAUCUCUGUCUGUAAGACUGUGUCCUGCCUUCUUCCAGACGACCUUGAAGUGUUGCGAGCCUGCCUACUCACAGAGUUCCUGCUUGGCCCCUGCCAGGAGGUCUUUGGGUGCCUUGAGGAGCUUUACUUACGCCCAGACCAAAAGUAUGACCAGGAAAACGAGGUUAUUCCCAACUCGCUACGCUGCGAGUUGCUACUAGCACUGAAAGCUUACUGGCCUUUUGACCCCGAAUUCUGGGACUGGAAAACUCUAAAGUAUCACUGCAGCUCCCUUUUAGGGUUAGUGCCGGAGUCAGAAGGAGAAGAGGAGGAGGUGGUAGUCAAACAAGAGGCGGUUAAUCAACCCGUGGCACAGGAAAUCACAGUGAAAGUAGAGUCCGAGCAAAACAGGAUAAAUGGAAGUCUUGACAGUCAUGAGCAGCAGGAUACAAAGCCGUCUUCUAACUUAAGAGAAAGCCAAGGGGAAUCCGAGACUAAGAAACACAAGUUCUCCUGUAAGAUUUGCAAGAGGACGGUCAUAGACAGUCAAAUCAUUCACCACUCGAAAAGACAUGCAAAGGACAACUGCCACCCCUGCCCCGUGUGCUUAGAAAAAUUCAAGAGCAGGAAGGAUCUCGUUCCUCACAUGAAAGAACAUAUUCCGAGUGAAACACAACAAAACAACGUAAACGAUGUGCAGAAACAGACUGAAGAGGAUGACGAUAUUGAACCAGGGGAGAUCACCAUCGACCCCUCCUUAAUGCUGUAUUACAAAUCCACGCAUGAUCCAGACGUGCUGCACCACAUCGUGCAACAAGCCAAAAUCGUGAAAGAGAAGCAUGUCGACGAUGACGAGCAUGUGACAUUUGAGUACAUCGACCAACACUUCAAGCUGCAGAACCGGGACGAGUAUCAGUGUCCAGGAACCGGGUGCACUCGGAUUUUUAAACAUUCCAAGUACUUAUAUGUCCAUUUAAAGUCGGAGCACAAAGGCGAUGAGAAUGUGAAACAUUUUCAUCAGAUGAGAGACAAGCGAGAGAAGUGUGUUUUCUGUAGACGCCAUUUUGUCUCCGCUUACCAUCACCGCAAACAUCGAAGAGUUCAUUAUGGUGACCGGCCUUACUCAUGUGUGGUUAUAGGUUGUGGUGCUCAGUUUAGUACUUCCAAUGAACUUGUCACACACAAACAGAUUCAUGGCUAUCAAUUGAAUUACCAGUGUGAGCUCAAAGGCUGUUACGUCACUUACUCCGACUUGGGACAGAUCUAUCACCAUGAAGCACAGCAUUUCAGAGAUGCAGCAUUUACAUGUUCUAGCGCUGAAUGUACAAAAUAUUAUUUAUCCAAAAAGGAAUUCAUAAAGCACUUAUCCACACACAACAUCACCUUCUCUGAAGAAGACUUUGAGGCACAGAGGAAGGCAAAGCGGAAACUUUUUAAGACCAUUACUGAAGUGACACCCUCUCCUAGUAAGUCAGCUGAUACAGAAGAAGUUGUAGAUGAAGUCUUAAACUCUCCCUCAGUAAGUUGUGCAUCUUCUUUGCCAGCAUCUGAGAACAAGGAGUCCAAAGCAACAAUGACCUUGGUGGCAGUGUGUUUUGAUGGAAGCAAGUUCACCUGUGGCUUUGAGAAGUGUGGCAUGACUUUCUCCAGAGCCAGAGAUGUCCAAAGACAUCUGAAAUGUGCCCACCCAGAGCACCUUAAACUGGAGAACAAAGAACACAAGCACGACAAAGAGCGGGGCUCAAAGUCCAAAGGGGUAAAGCCUGAAACUGAGCCAGACCAUGAAGAAAAGGGAAAAAAUGAGCACCCGACUCCAUCUCAACCCGCAGACUCUGGCAAUGAAAGAAAAUCAUCCACCACUCAACCCAAAAACAAUGAAACAAACUCUUCAAGCCUUCAAACGAAUAAUGACGCUCUGAAAGAAAUUCUUAUUGGGCUCAGCAAACUGGACUUGAAUUCUUCAUCGCCUCACAGUGUACCAAGUGAGCCCCCUCAGUCAAACCCAGAGUCUAAUGCAUCACAAAUCUCUCUCCAUCAGGCGAUCCUGGCCAAGCCUCCUAUUGUAUUACUUCAGAAGAGACCUCCACAUCCUCCUGUGGAAGUCAAAGCUGAAGAAGCAUCGGCAGCUGAUGACCAGGCCUGCGUUGAGUCAUUAGCCACUGCUAAGCCGUAUAUUUGUGCGAUGAAAGGUUGUAGCUUUAGGACUGCACAGAGUUACAGCUUACUGCGACACUAUAACACCAGACACGGCCGUACUGUUGAACAGGCCAAAAGGUUGACCUCUUUGAAAACCACAUCUUUUAAGCCUUAUGUGUGCCAUCUUUGUUCCAAGAGUCACAGAGAAAAACACGUGUUGAGGGCUCACUAUGUUCAGGUUCAUAACCUGAGUGAGACUUUAGUGGGCAAAAUAAGCUGUGCAUCUGUAAGGUAUGAAGGAAACAAAGACCCCUCAGAGCAGACACCUCAGCAGAUGGUCAACCACGGUCUAAAAGUGAGGAAGAAAGAGAUCCCCAACGUGCAACACCAACAUAAGAAAAAAAACUCUGAAAAUGCACAAAACUUUGACAAUCAUUCUCCAUCAGAAGAGGAAGGCGAGGAUGAACCAGAGAGUAGGGAGGAAGACAGUGAGGAGAAGGGAGAAGGCGAGGAUAGGACCCAACAAGUCAGAACCACAAGACGUUUGGUAGCCAAAAGUAAUCUCUGCUAUAUAUUGGAUAAAUUCAGUAAACCCUUUCAUUGUGUAGCAAAAAACUGUGAUGCAGCUUUUUCCACCCAGGGAGGCCUUGUGCGCCACCUACAGUUGGUACAUCAUUACAAUCGCUCGCAGCUCUUGUUGGAGAAAGAUUUUGACGCACAUCACAGUCCAGAAGUCAGAAAAGAGCCUGCCAAGAAAAGGCCUCUCCCGAACUCUGACGAACCUCAGCCCCAAUACAAAUGUCACUUUGCCAACUGUAGCGCUUCCUACCACCUUAAAAGCAGCCUGGUGCGUCACACUCGUGAUUACCACUCACAACCACCAGAGCUAAUAAGAUGCAAGUACGAAGGCUGUACAAGAGUGUUCAGCCACGACGAUGCACUUAAAAAACAUACACUUUAUAGUCACUAUGAGUACUAUGAUUCAUUGGUGGUACGUCUACAGAGCACUCACAAAAAGUCAAUUACUGGUUGCCAAAAGAAGCUUAUUGUUGCACCACAGAGUCCUCAGAAAGAAGAACCCGGUUCCACCACCACCACCACCACCACCACCACAAGUAUUGAGAGAUCCAAUCCAGAACCCGAAGUGCCGCCCCAGUCAGAGGAAAUGGUAAAAGUUGAGGAGAAGCCAGUGUCAGUAGAAAAAAACCCAAGAAGAAACUCUUACAGUCGUUUUGUCUUCAGAUCUCAUGAAGAAGCACUACAGAUGUGUCAAGACCGCUGUCUGCGUGUGGCCUACCCGUGCAUGGUUCAGGACUGUGAUUCUGUCGUCACGUACAUGGGAAGUUUGCACCGUCACUACCUGAAAGUUCACCGCAUGCGCCGAGAAGAUCUGUUUAAGAACGAAGAUAAGCUUGUUUUUAACGCUGAGCAGCUCGAGGAGCUGAUUCAGAGGAAGUCAGCCAGGCCAACAGCGACAGGAGCAUGUACUCCUAACGGGGUUCGCAAAUUGGAGUAUCAGGCAGAGCCAGAAAACACAGGGGGGCAGCCAGCGCCCAUGAGCUUACAGUCGAUCAAGACAGACACACAGGAUGAGGAAAAUCAUGAUUCACUGGGAUUCCCAGAAGAGGAAGAGGAGGAUCCACCACCUGUUGAGAGAAAUGGUGUCCUUGUUGGUGCAGACGAGGUGCUUUACGGUGAACCGAGCACCGGGGGGCACGCUGAAGACUCGGCUGCAGCAACAUCGAACAAUCAGAAACAGGAGGAGAGAUUAAGCUUAGAUCAAAUCAAACCUCUUCUUCGUCCUGUCACUGUUGACCUCUCGCCGCCAUGCUCGCUGCGCUUUACUACUGAGGAGGGCUUCCAAGACAUAUCGAGCACGAAGGAUGGUGGUAAAAUGUUGAACGGGUCAUCCCCGACUCCUCCCGUUCGCCAGCCACUGAAACGCAAAAAUGAACUGUCUGAACAGCCGUCAAACUUGAAAGACUCUCAGCCUUGUAGCCCUUCUCCACGCCCUUUUGACAUAGCCACCUAUAAGCCUAUCGGCUUUGAGUCCUCAUUCCUGAGAUUUAUACAAGAGACGACACCUAAUGACAAGAACAACACAGGGCCGGUGAAACGGCGAGACUCUUUCAGACGGAGUUGUUCCGUUAAGGAGAACAACCAGCUGGGAAUCUCUCACACCCGCAGCAGGCGCACUCAUUCCCCACUGCUGAAGCCCCACGCGAUGACUGGAGACUUCACAUCGGUGCAAAACUUGAAGUCCAUCUUGGACAAAGCCCUGGCUGGGUGUGGGGACCUGGCCAUUAAGCAGCUUCAGUACCUCAGACCUGUGGUGGUCCUGGGGAGACCUGUCUGCACCACCACCCUGCCUGACCUCUUCCCAUCAGACACCAACAACAGCAAACUGCUUCUUGGAAGUUAGUUUUACCGAGCACAUUUUUAACAUCGCUAUGGCAGAUUAUAUUGUACUUUCACAAACUGUGUACCAGUAUUUUCUUUUCUUUAAAAAUGAUAGUAGUAUUUUUGUUCUGUUUGUUUUUUUAUGUUUUAAGUUGCCAAACUAAAGACUUAAAGAAACUAGCGUUAAGAUGAAAUCCAGCUUGAACAGUGCACAAGAUCACAGUGGGCUGUUUUCUUUCUUCUUCUUUUUUUAAGACUUCUGCUAUGAAAGCAUUCAUAUAACACCUAUCAUGUUAAUUCAUUAAGUGUAUAUACUGUAGUCCACCAAGAUAAAUGUACAGAUUUUCAGAUUGUUAGAAAUGGUCAGUAGCGAAUGGCAAGGCCUUUUCAUUUGUGUGAAAAUGUGACUGAAAAAAAAAAACAUUUCCUUAGUGGACAAAUUCUUGAGGAAUAUGUUUAGUUAUUUUUCACCUCAGUUUAUAAUAAAUCAGUGUUGGGAUGCAGUGGACAGGUGUUGACGAACAUGUAUGUAACACUUUCUAAUAAAAUAAAUGUGGAUAUGAAUAUAAAGCCCUUUUCUUUCCGACUUGUGUAAGUGACUUUUUUUCUUAAAACUAA